CGAAUUUUUCUUACCAACACAAAUAGUGCCGCGACACAUAGAUUGCAGAAUAUUAAGCUAUGCUAAAGUAUAAACAAAAAAAUAGUGAAAUUAAUUAAAAAAUGAACGACAAAGAUAAUUCAAAGGACUGGGAGGAGCAAUUAAAGGACUUUUACAUUAAGCAGGAUGAUCUAAAUAGACUGAUAAUGGAUUACUUAGUAAAUGAGGGAUUUAAGGAAGCUGCUGAGAAGUUUCAAGAGGAAUCUGGCAUAAUAAGUCCUGUUGAUCUAUCUACAUUGGAUAAUAGAAUUAUGAUAAGGGAAUCGAUUAAUGCAGGACGAAUUCAGGAUUCUAUAUCGCUUGUGAAUCAAUUACAUCCAGAACUUCUUGAUAAUGAUCGAUAUCUGUAUUUUCAUCUCCAGCAAUUACAUUUGAUUGAGUUAAUACGUGACGGAAAGGUCGAGGAGGCUCUUAGAUUUGCACAAAACAAAAUUGCUGAAGCAGGAGAAACAAAUCCCGAGGUCCUGAAUGAACUCGAACGUACUCUUGCACUACUGGCAUUUGAAAAACCUGAAUCCAGUCCAUUUUCGGAUCUUUUAGAGACGACUCAUCGACAGAAAAUUGCAAGUGAACUUAAUGCUGCAAUACUUCGAAUGGAACACAAACAAAGUCAGAAUCCGCGAAUCCAAAACUUGUUGAAAUGUCUCUUAUGGACGGAAUCACAACUCGAGAAGAAAAAUAUCAAGUACAGAAAAAUGACAGACUUGGCGAGUGCUUCAUUCGAGCCAAAGAAUUGAAUAUGCUCAACUUUUUUCCGCAAAUGCAUCACUUGUAAAUGAUUUUUAUAUGCUGUUCCUACUCAUUAUCCUUUCCUUUAAUCUUUGAUUAUUUCCUACUUACUAAAAAGAAGUUUAAUUAUAAUUUUUGCACUGUAUAAAAAAAAGCUUUUUGAGACUAAACAUCCAGCAAAAACGCAAAGGAAUCUUGAUUUGAAAUAUUAGUGAAUAAAAAUGUAAAGAGAA